UUUCCCCUUUUAUGAUUGUCUCCUUUCUGUGGCCUGUUUUGUGUCUAUCAGGAAACUAUAUUGUAAAAAAGAACUUUUUAAGUCUGGAGUACUUUGCUUGGCUGGGAUCCUUUGAAAACAUGGAGACUGUGGGUAAACUACUUUGUCGAAUGUUGCUGCUGUUUCUUCUGUUCCAGUUUGGGCUAGGGAGGAGUCAACAAGUAGCAACUCCUCAAGGUUUCAUAGCAAGUUCCUGUUCCUCUAGUCUCUUUUGGAUGAAGCUGGAUAACUCCUUUCUUCAAGGAAAGUACUUCACACUAGAAAUAAUUGAUCCCUUUGGUGUCCCUGUACAGCUUGAUGAAACACUAGAAGCUCGCUGUGGCUAUACCUUGAUGGAAGAUGUGUGGGGCAACACUAUUUUCCGGGCUUCUCUUCUAGCUUGUCAUGUUAUAAAUGAGGUGGAUGAAAGGUUCUCUCUUACUGUAGACAUCAAAGUGUCCUUAUUCCCUGACCUGAGGGCGGCUACAGCUUACAGACACACCAUGUACUGCUCCUACUCCCCUUGGGCUCCAAGGGAAAUUGUGUGUGAGGAGAACUACAUGGAGGUGUCUGUGAAGAGUGAUGUACCUGUGAUUUCUGAUGAUGAGACUGCAGAGUGGAUGUCGGCACUACCAGAGGCACAGAAGGUGGUGUAUCAAAUAUGGCAGCUGAUAUUCUAUUCUCCUUCCGGGAGAAAAACUACAGUGGUGAGUGAUGCUGACAAACUAGGCUACGGCUUUAAUAAUACACUGGCAAGAGUGUUCCUCCGUUCGCCAUACUCCACAAAUGAAACUGAACUUUCAGUGGUUAAUGGGGUCACUAUGAGCACAAUCAGUUCCACUUCCAUGUACAAACAAAGAUGGCUGCUUCUACUGAUUGACACAACUGUAUCAUGCCCAGUUGAUGGUACCAGCUUCACAGAUGCAGUGAUAACAUGGACUGUGCCACGUACUAUCCCUAGACUAGUCCUUCAGGAACCCACCUUUACAUCCCAGAAUAUAUCAAUGGGAGUUGAUGGAAGAAGAAUAGAGAACCCUGAGAACUUGAACUACACACUGGAACACAACAGCACACACAUUGGAAUAACAAUCCCAAUAGGAGCAUCUGGGGGCAGACUCAUGAGCAUGAUAGCUAAUGGAAUCUAUGGGGUGAUAUACAGAAUCAGCUUAUUAUUGGAACAUACCUGGACAGAUACAGAUUGGCACCUGACUAAAUACACUGUGAUCAAAUCCAUCACUACACCCUUUAUGCCUAGAAUACCAACAGUAGUCAACAAAACUGUUCCAGAUACACGACUAUUUGACCUAGACUUUGGAGUUUUCCUUCCUGAUGUCACUCUGGUAACAAUUACAAUAGGAGACACAACUUUGUCUCCAGAGGAACUAGAAAAGAAUUACAAGAGCUCUGAAAUGCCUUUCCCCAAUGGAACAAAGGGUUUUAACUUGAAAGUACCUUUUGAUGAUCCAAAUGUUCUGAAGGAGUCAGCAGACACCAGGGAGGCAGUGGAUGUUCUGAACCUGGGCUUGGAGGCUGUUCUGGACUGGAUGGGGGCAAACAAGCUGAAACUCAAUCCAGAUAAGACGGAAGUGCUCUGGGUUGGUAGAACUGAUCAUCCGAGUAAUGAGUAUGUGAACAAAAAUGAAACAAAAUACCUUCUCUAUGUGAAUUAUACUCUGGCUGUGGGUCCUGAGCGGAAGCCUUACCACCACCCUGCUGAUGUAGAAUGCACAAUUGCAGAUAUUGAACUACCAGAAGGAAUUGGGUACUGUGAUAAAGACAACCUGUAUCUAGCUGUUACAGUUACAGGCCUAAACGAACACUGGAGCCUCUAUGUUGGUAAUAAGCCUCUAAAUCAGGCCACUGCCCUUUCAGAUGGGUAUCUGAUCACUACAAAUGCUACUCAUCUAAGACUGCAAGUGCCUCUCUUUGCUGUUGGGAUUAUCUACGAGGAAGUCUCAUUUGAGAGAAUCCAAGCUAGAUUUGAUCUCACCCUGAAGAAAAUCAAUACAAUGGAGACAUUGGAUAUCUUCUCUGCUAGAUGCAGCUUUCGUGCCUCUGAAUUUGUAGUGUGCUACCCUAAUGGAACAGUCACUGUAUCGGCUCUCAUGAAGACAGUUCCAUCCAUUGACAUGGGCAAAACAAGACUGAAGGACCACAAUUGUAAGCCUUUAGAGUUUACCAAGGAGCAAGCCUUCUUCCAGUUCCAUGUUUCUAAUUGUGGUACUUCACUAAGGUUUGAAGGGGAACACCUCAUCUAUGAAAAUGAAAUAUCCUUUGAAAAAGAGACACUCCCAGCACAGGGACCACCAAUUAUCACAAGAGAUCCAGAUUACAGACUGACUAUCUUAUGCUACUAUCCAACCAAGGAGACACUGAUGCAUAGUGCUCUGGUGUCUGGCUCCUCCUCAGCUAGAGAUGUUGCUCCUCUCGGCUAUGGCACAAUGAUAGCUAGGUCCAGUCUUCCAGGCCUUAGAAGAGGAAGGCAAGUUCUGAAUAUAGCUGCAAAUGUGUUUAAAGAUGAAUCCUUCACAGAAACCUAUGGGUCACAUUCAACAGCUGUCAAGUACUCAUGGGAGCCCACAUAUCUUGAAGUUGAAUUGAAAGAUGAAGCUCCUGGUGUUGCACUGCACUUGGACAACUGUUGGGUGACUGAGUCUGAAGAUUUUAGCAGCAUUCCCCAAUGGAAUGUUAUUGUGGACAGAUGUGAGAACAAAAGCCAUGGAUCUGUGUUGAAUUUCUACCCUGUAACUAAAAAUGACAGAGUAAAACAUCCCAAUCACUUCAAGAGAGUAGGAAUACAGAUGAGAAUCCCACUGAAAAAGGUAUAUUUCCACUGCACAGUAACAGUCAGAGAUUGCCUUCAUGUAAUUGAUGAUCUCUCUUAUAGACAAUGUCCUUCUAGAAGGAAGCCUGAUGUGAAUCUUGAAAUUCAGUCUGGUCGCCGUGGUUAUGUAUUAGCUGGGCCCAUCUUGAUUAUUCAUCCUGACCAAGUUAAGGAAUUGGAAGUGCACAAAUCAGAUAUGGCUGAACAAUCCUAGUUGCCAUGACUGGCCUAUUCAAUGUAUGCUCUGGGACUGCUUAAAACGCUCUUCACAUUGGAUUUCUAUGUCAAAGUUUUCAUCAAUAAAAAGCAAGAAGUACAA